AACGAUGAUUAGGUCUAUACAGAGGUGCGAUGAAGGUUCUGACAUGCACACUGACCUUACAUUUACACUAGAGCUUGUGGAGGAGCUAGGCCGACUUAAAUUGGCGAAUGCGCUUGCAGAAGCAGUUGACAUUGAUACACAGGCCCCAGUUCGUGGCGGGCAACGUGGUGGGUCUCGUGGGGGUGGACAUCGUGGAGGUGGUCAAGCUGGUCGCAGCCGUACGACCGAGUCGGCUCCCAUCUACGAGGAAGGGAAUGAGGAGGGUGUAGAAGAGGCAUGGCUUGGCACUGAUUGGGUACUGUCUGAUGACGACGGCAGGACACCGCGAUGCACGCCUGGCGAUGGUGCUGGGCCAUCCCAUACCGUCGAUCAUCAGGGCACUGUUCCAGCCCACACUACAUCCCAUGGUGCUAGCACGGACUUUGAGGGCCCUCCUCGUAUGUCGCCCCCAGUUUUCAGUGGAUCUGCCCAUGAUGGUGGAUGCAUAUUUGUCCCCACACCAGGCAUGCCCACCCCACCUCUAGUGCAUGUGGACCCCACCAUGUCAGCUCCAUCUCAAACCCCCCACGGAGAGGCUGUACAGAUUGAGCAGAUACCGGCUGAGGACAUUGAGCCGGUGGAGGCUUUGCGGAGAUCGCGACGCCCGCGUGCGCAUGCUCCCGAUUGCGGGACCGGUGAUGGUAAGAUUAGACCUGUCAGGGCAUAUGGGCGGAAACGAAAAGAUCAUUAAAUGCCUUAGUGUAUGCUUAUACUUCCUGCCUAUAGGCCAUUGAGCUGGAUUGUCCUUGUGUGCUUAUUCUUCAUGUGUAUAGGUGACUGGAAUAAGCAUGCAAAAUGUUCUACUAAUUGGGGAGAAUCUUGGUGGCUGUGCAUCUAUUUCUGGAUCAUUGCUUGGGGAGAAUACUGGCUGUCAAUGUGUUUGUUGUCAAGAAAUUGAUAUUUUGGAGAAAACCCAUAAGGCGUAUUGUAUUUAUUGAUGUAUUAGGAAGUUUUUCUGCACUUGGAGUUUUGAUUGCAAUUUGACAAAUGUCUGGAUUGGUAUUCAUUUGAAGCCAAACUUUCUUGUGUUUUUGUAUGUUGUUAGCUACAGUAAAGUGGGUUGUAAGAGAGUAAUUUGUUUUUUUAUUU